CAUCUGGCCACACCCCCAGGAUCAUUUAACAGCUCCGCCUCCUUGUCGGUGAUUGGCUGCCAGAACUGUAGCUCAGGAGAGGCACACAGGCGGCCAAUCACUGGUGAGGUGGUGGAGCUUGGAGAGGAGGAGCCGAGCGGCAGCACGAAGAUCAAAGAAGAUCGAGUGAGGGAGCUGCCGGAGUGAGUGAAGAGGAGGAGGAGAGCGGCCGGGGAAGAAAGACAGCUGACCGGUAAAUCCAGGUAUGCUGGCUGUAUAUGGGAGAGGGAGGGAGUGAGCCCAGGCUGGAGCAGGGGUCAACAAGGUAAGUAUCAUUGGUGUCAGUGGGAG